UUUACAAUUCUUUACAAUAUAAUAUAUAGUAAAGAAUUUCAAUAUUUACAACUAAGUAUUGGUAUAUGAAAGAUGGGGAAUCCUUGACAUAUAUACAGAAUAUAAGUAAUUACAUAUAUGUUUAUAAUUUAAAGACAAGAAGUGUUUUAUUAUAAUAACAGUACAAGUUGUUUGUGAUGAAUCAUUACAAAAUUAAUGGAACAUUCCUUCAAAUCCAUAUUAGUAAUUUAUAUAAAUAGCUGCUUGGUUAUGUUUUGUAACAGGUGCAUAACCACCUGUUGAUUUUGACUAUUUAUUCACAAUGACUACAUAGUCUUUUGUUAAUUAUGAUAGUAUUAAAAAAAAUUGAAAGAUAGAAUGAUAAUGUAAAGAAAUUAUUACGAUACGUUGACACACUUCACCAUUUUUCAACAGCUAUGUUCAUAAUCUACAACCUGAGAGUCAUGUAUAAAACGAUCUAAUGCAAUCGAGCGUUUAUAAGUUCAACAAGAGUCAAUUAAUGUUAUUAGAUCAUAAGCUGACUAUUUCCGACGGGAAACGAUGAUACAGAUAUACAGUUUUAAAGUAAUGGAACAACUAUAAAAUGUAUUUUUAUCGUUUCAAAUCACGGUCUGUGUUUAUUGUUGGAUUUGGAUUUGGACUUCUUUUUACUACAUUGUUACUCACAAUUCAAAAUUUAUUCAAUGAUGUUUCUAUUUAUAAAAGUUCUUUGAUGAGUUCUUAUGCUGCUGAUAGAAGCGAGUUCUCAAAGUGGUUUACUUCAGAUAUACAAACUACUCAAGAGAUUACUUUUCAAGUAUGGGAGGAGAAGAAGUCAAAUGUAACAUACAGUAAAUGGUUGGAAAAUCAAAAAUUACAAGUAAAUGAUAUCAACAUGGAUUCAUAUCUUUAUGGAAUUAUGAAAGAAGGAAUAUUAGAAUCUGACUGGUUGAUGUCUAAUGUUCACAUUACUUGCAUUGUUUUUGUAAAAAAAAUUAAACUGGCAAAAUCUAUUAAAGACACUUGGGGCAAACGUUGCAGCAAUAUAUACUUCUUUGGUCAACAGAAAGAUUCUGAAGUACCUAUUAUAAAUUUUGAAAAGAAGCUUGUAUCUUCUUGGCAACUUUUGUGUGAAGCUUUUAAUUAUGUUUGGAGAGAUAACAAGACUUUGGAGUGGCUUAUUUUUGUAAAAGAUGAUACAUUAGUGAUACCAGAAAACUUACGCUAUAUGGUUGGUCCUUUGAAUUAUACUGAAGAUUACUAUUUGGGUCAUGCAGUGAUAAUGUGGGGCCAGUCUUAUAAUGUUGCUGAUGCUGGAUAUGUUAUCAGUAAAGGAGUUCUUAGAAAGCUGCUUACGAUGUUUGAUACUACAGAAAAAUGUAUAGCUGGUGGCAAAUAUUGGAAACAGGAAGAUUACUACCUUGCUAAACACUUAGCAACUAUGGAAAUUCAUCCUUCAGAUACGAGAGAUCAGUACUUAAGGGGUACAUUUCAUGGGUAUUCUUUGCAGUCACUCUUAUGGGGUACUGCUAAAAUAGGUGUUUACUGGACUCGUGCUUUAUAUCCUAUACAAGAUGAAUGCUGCUCUUUCAAGUCUAUUACUUUUAAUGUCGGCGAAUCGGAUAAAAUGUAUACAUUCAAUUAUUUAUUAUAUCAUUUACAUGUUUUCAAAGAUGAAGUUAUUUAUGGAACUAGAAAAGCACCAACUUCUGUACCUGAUGAAGAUGUGUGGAAAGUUGCACUGAAAGAAGAAUUUAACAUCACAUACCUAAAUAAUAUUUCCAGUGAUGCUUAUUACGAGAUAUGGCAUUCAAAGUAUUCUGAACCUGAACAACUGAUUACUCAAAAUUAUUAUGAGGUGGGUAUAUAAAAGAACAAUUAUAUUAAUUCACAUAUUUGGCGAGAGUAAGCUUUCCAAUGAUGUUUCACUGUACUG